UGCUUUAGCGGCACGUUGAAGCAUUGAAGCGUAGUUUUCCGGUAAAUUCUGAGAGCUCUCAGGUCAGCUAAUACAGUUUCAACCUUUCUUUUUGCUUCAUUUCCCACUUUUUUCCGUUUCCAGUGAACCCUAAUUCUAUUCUCAUUCCCCCAAAUCCCUAAAUCGCCCCAUUUUUUGGGGGGAAAUCCCUAAUUUGAUCUCUGAGUUAUCGAGGAACGAUGGAGGGAGACGGGCUUCUGCACAAGGAGGAAAAAUCAUCCCCGAACGAAGAGCCCGUUCGAGGAGAAGAAUCCGACAAGGGCAAAUCUGCGGAGGCGGAUGAGCCGCCGAAGAAUGCCGGAGGUUGGGGCUGGGGGUUUUCCGCCUUCUCCGUUCUGUCGGACCUUCAAAAAGCUGCUGAGGAGAUUUCUCGAAAUGCUGCAGCAGUGGCAGAGAAAGCAGCAAAAAGCAUUGCAGAUUUGCAAGAGGAUGAUGAGGACUCAGAAUCAGCUUCCAAGGAAGAAGAGAAAACUGAGGAACCUGAUAAGGAGCAGCAAAGUGAUGAUGAGAAGGAGAAGGUACGGAAGUCUGCUCUGGAUAAACUGGAGAAUGCAAGCGAAGAUACCCUCCUUAGCCAGAGUUUGAAGGUUCUUGAUAAUUCUGUUGAGACUUUGACAUCCGGAGCCUGGCAAGCAUUAGGAAAUGCGUGGAAAGGGGGCACAAGUUUGGUGCAGAAACUUGAAAACAGUAUUCAGCAAGGUGGUUCGCCGCGCACAUCUGGAUCUGUUGCACCGUCUUUACUGGAGACGGGAAAAGCAUUAACAGCUAAGGGAAUGCAAGUACUUGAAUACGUGGGCAAGGAGACUAUUGAUUUAUUGAUCACAGAGACUGGCACUGAUGUUGAGAAGAAAAGAGAAGGCCUUGCCAGCGGGGAUCAGCUACACGAGGAAGUGACAUUCGAUCGGUGCUUCUAUAUUUAUGGAGGCCCAGAACAGCUGGAGGAAUUGGAGGCGUUGUCAAGCCACUAUGCUCUGUUGUUCAACCGGAGAAAGGUGAAAUUGUCACCAGAUCAGAAAUCUCUGUAUGAUGGGAAGCUUAAGCAGAUCCAGCAAAUUUUCAGCUUCGUCAACGGAAUAGGCGGAAGUAAUGCAGAGUCUAACAAAGGGAAGAAGAUAGAGACUGAAUCAGAAACCGGUGACGAUGAAAUGAAGAAUCUGCGGGACUCAAGUGUCAGCGAAGCUGCUGAUAUGGCUGCUGGGUUCGCAAACGCCUUAACUGGACUGAACAGCAUAAACGAUAUGAUUCAGAGGACUGACGGGAGGCUUGAAUCUCUUCACUCAGAAGGAGUUCAUAGGCUUUCGGAAAUGUGCUGUUUUGCAGUCACGCAUCUGCUGAUUCUGGGCAAGUCCAUCAUAUCCCAAGCCAACAAAGUUGACGGCGAAGACUCUGACUUAAAUAUCGAGUGGCCAGAGGAUCCCACUGAGAAAGCUAAAAUGAUUAGAGGCAAAGCGGAGUCAAUGAUGGGUUACGUUGAAGCCGUUGCCGAGAGCUUUAUAACAGGCAUAUCUGAUGUGACAGAAGCAUAUGUACAUGCGGCUAAAGGAAUCGCGGCCAAGCCCGAGUCCAAGGAUGAACACCCCAAGGCAUCAACCGGUCUGGACAAAGGAAACGGCUUCACCCAACUUCUUCGAUCAGACAAAACCACCGCCAUUGCGAAAAUCCAGGAAGGACUUCAACACCUAUCUCACGUCGUGAUAUCUACCUCGAUGCCCUCUUCCCCUUGACGCCGAUCAGAUUCCGGUCUGUUUUCUUUCUCCUCUCCUUUCACACUCUUGAAUCUGUUUCAUUUCAUUUUGUAGAUAUUAAAUGGUAUCUUAGCUUCUUGGCGAAAAAGCUUCAAACUUUUUACUCUGGUUUUCUCUGCUGUUUAUGGCUCUCUCUUUGGAAGUUUGAGGAGAGAUCUCACAGUCAGUCUGAAAGGCAGAGAAGAGUUUAGUUGUGUGUUAGUUUUUCUUCUUCUUUUUUUGUUGUUAGGGGAUAAUCUCUCUGUUGCUUCCAAAGUUUUUUGCUUGGAAGUUGUUUUAGCUGUUUUGUUGAUUCAUGGAUCUUUUAAAAAAUUUACAAAUA